AGCCUCUUCUUUCUCUUAAAUUCUUGUUCUUUUUUUCUUUUUGCUUUCUGGGUUCUUAGUGAGUUGAUAUUACGUUUAGUCAAAGCUUACUUGAUGAAUUGCUUUAGAUGCAAAAUACCCUUUGUUUAUUAAACUUCUAUAAAUUAUUUUCUUCUCUGAGGAAGGUUGGAGGUGGAUUGCAAGACCCAGUUUCCUACUUAAUAUGAAUGUGCUCUGUUUUCUUGUGUUUCAGUGUGAUGCAUUAGUUUAACCCAGAAUUAGACAGGACUCAAACUAUGACUGAAAUCUGUGGAAAACAUCUGUUCAGUUUCAUAAGAUUACUUUCCAGUUAAUUGAAAUGGUUACUGGUGGAUAUAGAGAAGUAGAUUUUUAAACCCAAGAAGUGAAAAUGGAAAUCAACUGUCACCUAAGCAUGCCUAUUCUGUGUCAAAUAAAUUGGAAUGUGAUAACUUUUUUACAUUGUUGGGUCAUCUGUAUAUCGAUGUUUUGUAGGAGUUUGGUGUUUGGCAAUACAGAGAAUAGUCAAAUUGGACUAAUCUAUGAGGUUGUAUAUGAUAAUGGCGACUGCAAUUACAGUGCCUACCUAUCCAAGAAAUGUUAAGCUUUUAUCUUCUAAGUGUGUUGGUUCCAGAGUUAUAGCGCUGGGUCUUUGUGCAAUGUCUUACAAGCCUACUAGUACUUUUGGGCACAAGCUCAAUUCUCGCUGCUGUUUCUUCCGUAUGCCUGAACCUCUUCUAGUCAACAAUUUCAAGAGGAUUUCAUGGUCUGUCAGAAGCAGUGUAGAUAACAGUGGGUUAGACCCAUCUCCAACAAAUGGCACUACAGGCACAACCAGAUUAAUUAGGGUUAUCCAAGCUGUUCAAUCCAAGUUAGGUGCCAGAAUUGGAGAGAUAAGGAGAGGUUUACCCGUGAAAAUACUUUUCUUCCUAGUCGGUUUCUAUUGUUCAACUGCUUAUGCUACUGUUAUUGGGCAAACUGGAGACUGGGACAUUCUCUCUGCGGCCUUGGCUGUGCUUAUUGUGGAGGGGAUUGGGGCCCUCAUGUACAAGGCUUCUCUUCCUUUAUUGAAGAAGACUAAAAGCCUGAUAACCAAGUUUAAUUAUUGGAAAGCUGGGCUUGCGAUGGGUCUUUUCUUGGAUUCGUUUAAAUAUGAAGUCAAUGACAUUUUCGGAUUCAGUAACCCCUUCAGUUUUGUACUAGAUGCAUUUUCACUAUUCCUUUAACAAAUGGCUCUUUCAAAUGCUGCUUACAGAUGUUUCAUUUUUCAAGGAUCGAGAAAUGUGAUUGGUAAACAUAGGUUGACUUGACUACAAUGGUGGAGGAACAUGGUGAGCCCUUUUCACUAAAUUGAAGAGCUCAAAAGUUAAUGGGUUGAGAGUUUGAGACAGUGAAAAGUGGCCUUGCUUGUGUUUAACAAAAUACUGUAGCUCCUGAAAACAUUAGAACUUUCUUCUGAUGACUGAACUCUCUUCACUUGAGCUUAUGAUGAAAGUCUGCUCCUUUUGUUCACUAUGUUCGAAAUAUAGUUACAGCAUAUAUGUUUCAUUCUGUUGGAGGCAGCAGAAUAAAAAAGUAAGAUAAGGAGGACUGAAGCGAAGGAAUUCAACUUUUCAAAGUGGAUAGUAAUAUGUGCCUCCAGUCCAGCUGCUUACGAUAGUUCCCUGUCCAUUCAUCUGGAAACAGCAGUUGGUUGAAAUGAUAAAUAGUGUUGUUGGAUGGAAACCCUUCGGUUAUGUGGGAAGAUGUUGGUGAGAAGAUUAUAGCAUACUUCUUAUCCUUGUCUAUUUUCUAUUUCCUUAUGAGUUGUUCAAUAAGAUUUUGAACAGGUUAAGAGAGUAUGCAUCCCUUUACCAGGUUUCAUUGAUAGCCAGCUAGGAGAUUUCUCCCAAGGCACACUCAAGGGCCAAGCAUUUCCCUUAUCAAGUGUUUUACUGGUUUUUUGUGGCCAUUUUGUUAGGAGUGCAGCGAAGGGAUGGCUACUUUCUAAACAGAUCAACCUAUGUGUCUCCAGUGGAUAUAAAACUUGUGGAUGAUAUUGUUCCGACUAGUCUGGAAAUACUGUUGAUCAAUAAAUAUAAGAUAGCUAUAGGUGUUGAGUAUACCACGUUUUGUUCUCGGUAGUUGUGUAUAGUUAUAAAGCUACAUGCUUACAAUAGUUGGGACCUUUUAUAUAACAAGAUCAUUGUAUACUGUACUCAUCUCUCUUGGUUCCAGAAGUCUAAUAAAAAUGUCUCAUUUUUCAUUGAUCAA